GACCUAAUCCUUGCUCCGCCUUCCGUUUCAUUCUCUCUCAAUUUCCCAUUCCUUCUCUCUCUCAAUUUCCCAUUCCUUCUCUCUACUUUCUUGCAAUGGAGUUUUAUUCAAUGGCACCAGAACUCGAGAAGAUCAAAUAUGAAGAGGAAUUUAUACUGAAUUCUCGAGAGUUGAAGCUCUUUACUUGCAGAUGGCUGCCUCCGCGCAAUCAAGACCCAAAGGCACUCAUAUUUCUCUGCCAUGGUUACGCGAUGGAGUGCAGCAUAUCCAUGAAAGGCACCGGGAUGAGACUGGCAAAUGCUGGGUACGCGGUGUACGGCAUUGAUUAUGAGGGCCACGGCAAGUCGUCUGGCCUCCAAGGCUACUUUCAAAGCUUCAAUGACCUUGUCAACGAUUGCUCUGAGUAUUUCACAAGCAUAUGUGAUAGGAGAGAAAAUAGGGGCAAGCUGAGGUAUCUAUUUGGAGAGUCAAUGGGAGGCGCACUUGUGGUGAUGCUACACAGAAAGAUGCCUAGCUUCUGGGAUGGUGCCCUUUUGGUGGCCCCCAUGUGCAAGAUUGCUGAUGAGCUGAAGCCACACCCUUUUGUUAUAAGCAUUUUGACUAAGCUCUGCCGGGUCAUUCCAACGUGGAAGAUUAUCCCAACAAAAGAUAUCAUUGAUAGUGCCAUAAAAACCCAAGAAAGGAGAGAAGAGGUCCGUUCAAAUCCGUACUGCUACAAAGGAAGGCCACGUUUGAAGACUGGGUACGAAUUGAUGAUGGCCAGCAUGGACAUUGAGAAUAAUCUUCACCAGGUGUCGCUGCCUUUCUUGAUCGUCCACGGGGAGGACGAUGCAGUCACAGACCCUGACAUUAGCAAGUUGUUGGUGGAGAAAGCAUCAAGCACAGAUAAAUCAUUGAACUUGUAUCCAGGCAUGUGUCACGCGCUCACCAGUGGAGAAACCCAGGAAAACAUAGACCUUGUUUUCUGUGACAUUGUGGAGUGGUUAGAAGAGAGGAUCAACGCUGGUAAUUCGCAGUCGGAAAGCGAACGAAAAGCUCGUCAUGACCAUAUAAAGCCCUAAUUUCCCAAAGGCCUGAAUAGCAUUUUGGAAUAAUUACUAUAUAUCUUAAUUGAUCUGAAAUGUGGGUACGAGACUAUUGCCCGAACUCACCUUCCUCCUUGCCUCUUCAACAGAGAAAAGUGAUCCCGCAAGUCACAACUUGGCUACAUAUACCCAUUUACAUUAAAAGAAUGGGUCCACGAUAGGAAGUUUCUCAUAUGUUUAUAUAUAUAUGUGCUUUUUUGCUUUUUGGUGGAAGAUGUAUCUUUUGGCUUUGGUGUCACAAAGUUGUAUAUAUCCAGCCAACAUCUCUUUUCUUAGA